CGGAGGCGGCAGGGACGCGAUGGCGGAGUUGCUGCCCCUGGAGAUGCUCACGUAUAUUCUGAGCUUCCUGCCUCUGUCAGAUCAGAAAGAGGCCUCCCUCGUGAGUCGGGCUUGGUACUGUGCAGCCCAGAAUGCCCUUCGAGAGGCAAACGUGCGGUACAACAUCCCUGUGUCCUCUGCCUCCCUUCCGGCCAUCAAGAGCCUGGGCCUCAGGGGCGUCCCCUGCGUGAGCCUGACCAACCUGGAUGGCUCGCCAGCUUCGUACCAGGUGCUGCAGUCUGUUGCCUACCACCUGGGCCCGCACCUGCAGAGCUUGUGCCUUAGUGGGGGCAGUCUCACAGAGACCUCCUUCGUGGCCCUGAUCCUGGGGUGCCCGGCCCUGCGUAGCCUGGACCUCAGUGGCUGCAACAGCCUCUUCACAUCAGGCACACUGCUGGCUCAGCCUGAGACGGCACAGCGGGUCCGGGAGGCGCUGGGUGGCCUCUGUGAGCUCAACCUGGCUGGCCUGCGGGACCUGGCUGACCUCAGCUUCAACCGGCUCAGCAGCUGUGCCCCCAGCCUGGAGCGCCUCUCCUUGGCCUACUGCCACCUCACCUUCGAGCCAGGCCCAACCCGUGGCUCCAUCAGCCCCCAGGACUCCUCCCCCUCCCUCCUCUCCUUCCGCAACCUGCUGCGGUUCGUGAGGGAGCGGGCUGGCAGGCUGCAUGCCCUGGACCUGAGUGGCACCAGCUUGCUGCCUGAGGUCCUGCAGGCCCUGGGCCAGGUGGCUGGGCUGCAGCUGCGGGAGGUGAGCCUGCACAACUGCCGGGACCUCUCCACAGAGGCCGUGGCCACCUUCUGUCGCCAGCAGCCAGGCCUGACCUCCCUGGACCUCAGCGGCUGCGCAGAGCUGGCUGAUGGGGCACUCCUGGCUGUGAGCCGGGGCCUGCGGCACCUGCAGCACCUGAGGCUGGGGAAGCUGCAGCGGCUGACGGAUGCGGGGUGUGUGGCCCUGGGGCGCUUGAAGGAGCUGCGGAGCCUUGACAUGGCCGAGUGCUGCCUGGUGAAUGGGCGGGAACUGGUCCAGGCCUUGGGCUCAGGGCGCGGAGCUCCCUGCCCACUGGCCUCCCUCAGCCUGGCCUACUGCUCCUCACUCAAGCCACAGGGCCCCUCGCUGCUCACGCUGCAGGCUCUGCAGGAGCUGGACCUCACAGCUCGCAGCAAGCUGACCGACGCAAGUUUGACCAAGGUGCUCCAGUUCCCCCAGCUGAGGCAGUUAUCAUUAAGCCUGUUGCCGGCACUCACAGACGUGGGCUUGGUAGCCGUGGCCAGGGGCUGUCCCAGCCUGGAACGCUUGGCACUGAGUCACUGCAGCCUCCUCAGCGACGCGGGCUGGGCCCGGGUGGCCGGCUCCUGGCGGAGGCUGCAGCACCUCAACCUGUCCAGCUGCAGUCAGCUCACAGAGCAAACGCUGGACGCCAUUGGGCAGAUGUGCAAGCAGCUCUGCUUGUUGGAUGUGGCCAUGUGCCCCGGGAUCAACAUGGCUGCCGUCAGGCGCUUCCAAGCCCAACUGCCCCAGGUGACCUGUGUCCAGUCCCGCUUCGUGGGAGGGGCUGACCUGACCCUAACGCUCUGAGGCCAGGUCAGCAAUAAGCUGUGGCCCAGCCCUUCACCCUCUUAGUCCCCUGCCCUGGCCUCUUGGUCUGGAGUCUGACUCAGUGCCCCCCCUCCUCCCUCUGCUACAUCCCUCCAGAGCUCCUUGUCCAAGCUACAAACUCCUUUCCUAGGAUUCGGGGGUAGAAAGCUGGGCAGCCUGGGGGGCUUCCUGCCCACGUGCCCCACAGCCCUGCAGCAGCCUCCCAGCUAAUGUCUGCCUCAGGCCCUCAGAAAGGCCAGCUCCUGCUCUCCUGACUCAGAGGAGGCCAGGCCCCCCGAGUCCUGGGUGUGCUGCUGGGCAGAAGCAGACCCUCUGCUCCUUGUCCUGCCCACUUCUCAGGCCUGAGGCCUGUGCCCCACCCUUGGUCCCUACAGGAGAGCUCCCAACCCCCUGUAAGCACUGCACUUUAGCAGCCAAGCCAAGGUCUUUGUCGUAAA